CUAUAAAUCGUGGGGAUGGCAGGGCCAAGGUGGAAACGAUACUUCGGCUGUGAGCCUUCAGGCUAUCAACUUGUCUUCAGCUCCUUAGCAUCUACGGCGUCGUCUUCAGUUAUGGGAAUUACCUACAGCGUUGGAGAGGUUGAUCACCUCUACACCUUCUUCGUGCAGUGGUCUCCAGACAUCUACAGCAAAGGCGAGAAGAAGCGCUGCAAGCCCUCCAACAACGUCAGGAUGAAAUGCCACAAGGACACGAACGGAAUCAGCAAGGCCUUCAGAAAACCCGCCAGCAAGCCCCAGGCUGCAAAGAAGUGGGAGAUCAUCACGGUGAAGGACUCAAAGCGCCGCCUGAGUCUCUGUGACUCGGUGGAGUCUGAGGUGGAUGAGACCGAGUUCCAGGAGGUUGAGGAUGACUUUCCUGUCCUGAGCCAUGCGAGCCAGCUGCUGGAUGACUUUCACCUGCAGAAGAUUGCAGCUAACUUGCCUCCAAGGACCCAGGGGUAUCCGUGGCAUCUAGUUUACAGCACCAUCAACCACGGGAGCAGCCUAAAGACGCUCUACAGGAACAUGGCUGACCUGGACAGCCCCGUGCUGCUGGUCAUCAGAGACAUGCACAAAAAGGUGUUUGGAGCUUUUUGUUCGGAUCCAUUCAGAGUCAGUAAAUACUGCUACGGAACGGGCGAGACCUUCUUGUUCAGCUUCAAUCCUGACUUCCAGCAAUACAGGUGGAGCGGGGAGAACUCCUACUUUGUGAGCGGCAACUGGGAAUCUCUGCAGAUUGGUGGAGGAGGGGCUGGCUUUGCUCUCUGGCUGGAUGCUGACUUGUACCACGGCGCCAGCUUUUCCUGCCCCACCUUCCGCAACGCUCCUCUUUCCACCAAUGAAGACUUCAUUGUGCAAGACGUUGAAGUCUGGACUGUGCAGAACUGAAUGGGGGAAGCACUAAGAAGACAAGAUUUCCCAUCUGAAGCUAUGACACUUCAAGGUCAGCCAACCCGUGUGCUGCACCCCAGACGGCGCAUCCGCCGUCAGAGCCGCGUCUGGACCGGAGCGACCCGCGCAGCACGGAGACGUACGCGACGUGGUUCCCACGGUGGGCUUCCUGCUCGGUGAGCUGGAACUGUUAGAAGCAAGUGGCAACUUGAAAUCCCACAAAUCAUGCUUCCUGUGUCUGCAAGCCCCCUCUGGCUGUUCGCCGCAGUCCGCCCCGCCGGUGGCCUUCUGCGAUCCUGAAAAGCAUCUUGGGCACAAUGUUCACACUGAAAGACGUGUUUGUUUACAGUUCUAAAAUUGUAUGCAUGCCUUGUGAUAUGUGUGUGUUUUUUUACACCUGCUUGUGCGUUAUUUGCUUGAUGGUAAAACCCCGCCCCCCCCCAAAAAAACAAAAAAAAACACUGUAACAGGAUAGGAGAUGCAGUUGCCUGUCUGAGCUGGUUUGGUUUCAGUGUUACUCCGUUUGAGUAGACCAAAUCUGAUGAGGUGAGGUAAAGCACUGCUUUGCACUACAAACAUAUAACUGUACUGUGUACAUGUGGUGUGUGAGGAGGAAGUGAAAACUAACCGUUAACCGUCUUAUGUACUGCUGCUAUGCUAUGUUCCUCUUUGGAGUAUGUAGCUUAUAAGAUAGUAAUGAUUAAUGUUUGAAAUCUUUGGCUUAUUUUUGUAUGUAAUUAUUUAAAGAUAAAUCUUUUAGUUUUUAUAUACAGAAAAUUUGAAACGAGAAACUAAAGCACAUGUUUGCUUGUAUGUCUGUUUGGUUUAUUUGUUUGUGCACAAAUCUGAUUCUGCCGGGUGGUGCUGGCACCGCCACAGGUCUUUUUCCUGGAAAAGAUGUGUGUUUGAGUAAAAUGGCAUAUAAAUAAGCUUUUUCUUUGGAAUUGAUUAAGCUUAAUAAAAAAAAAAUAGAGAUGUUGUCAAAUAUAAA